UACAUACUAGUACACUAAAGUUUCACUUCCAUUUGUUGAAUAUAGUGCAGGCAUAAACAUUGGCUAUGGCUCGUUUGCCUGUAUUUCUUUGUUUCCUACUAUUAGCACUCGUAGGAUCUUCCUCGGCUGCUCCAUCCUGUCCAACUGUUAAAACGCAGCUAGCACCUUGUCACUCAUACGUCGAAGGUAAUCUAAAGGCUAAUCCAUCCGAAGCUUGUUGUUCAGGUUUAAAGGACAUACUUGAGCUUGUAAAAGCCAGAGAAGAUGGAGUUGCUCUCUGCAACUGUAUAAAAACAACAGUGAUUGAUGAUCACGAUAUUCCCUCUCGCAUUUCUGAACUCCCCAAGAAAUGUGGCCUUCCUUAUACAAUCCCUCCCAUAGAUAAGAACUUCGACUGUAACAAGAUUUCUUUGAAUUGAACGGAUAUCGCACAAGGAAGCUGCCUGAACCACUAUAGAAUUAUGAAUAAACCAUACACGAUUAUAUAAUUAUGUAUGAAACAAUAUCUUAAAUGUAUUAUGUAUCUGCAAGCAAGAAACAUUGUGAAAUUAAGGAAUGGACAGACAUCUUUGUUGACGAUA